AGUAGAGGUAAAACAUGCAGGAAAUAUACAGGGGUUGCUGUGUUGGCCAUUGAGCAAAUGAGGAGCAGCCAGCCUGCAAAAUUUACCUUCUUCAUACCAUCCUAGGAGCUUCGAAGGCUUGCAACAAGUAUAUGGUGCAUUUUGGUCGGCCAAUAAAGGUACUGCUGUUUGGUGGAUUUUGGUUUGAAUUUGCUAAAUGGCCAACCUCUGCGCAUCAGGAUCAAUUGCAGGAUCCAUCCAUCCCCAUCCAGGGCAUGAAGGGAUGCUUUAGUGCGUAGUGGAAGACAUCGGCUAGCAAGCCAGUGAGGGAGAAAUUCCAGAGAUGUUUCACGUGCAAAUGGAUACUUCCUUUGAGAGCCUCUAGACUAAAUAAGGCUUCUUGUGUCUGGAACUGGCGGCUUCUUCUCUCGCUUAAUGAACCUCUACAGCUGUGCGAAGCAAGCAGCAAAUCCAACAGGAGGGUGUCUGGGAAUGCAUCAGGGCCUGUGGAAUCUCUGAUGGAAAUCUGUCCUGGACCAUGAAAGGCAAAGAGUGCGCCAAAGAGACUUUGCUGUGGAUUCCCCUGAUGCACGAGACUCGAACCCCUGUUGCUCAAUGAAGCGUUGGACACACAACAGGAAGGGAUUUGGAGUCAGUCAUCCUAGCAUUCAUCACCAUUGGCUCAGCUGUCAAAAGCUGCUGGGACUUGCAGUCCAAAAACAUCUAUUCCAGCUCUGGGAUAAAAGAAAGUCGCCUUGAGGAUGAUGGCAAAGUUGUCCAUUGUGGAAGCAGAGGUUGCUACUGGGAUAGAGGUGAAGGUUUUUAUCAUUUGAAGCAGAGGCUAUUUCUAUCCAGCCUUUGUAGUUCUUUUGUUCAAGAGCUACUGUUCUGAGUUCUGAGAUGGAAUCCCCAAGAAGACUGAAAAUGUUCCGCAGGUAGCUUUUGUGUAUUCUCAUUCCUAUGGCGACGACAGAGGCGCAUAUUAUUACAGCAGCCCUUGCGCCUGCCUCCUCUUGGUGACCCCAACCGUCGCCUUCUUCCACGAUGGACAACAGGCACCCAGACGGUUGUGAAUAUGUCAUCCCAUCCAUGGCUCGUAGAUGUAUAGCAGAGAUGGUGGAUGACUUUAUCCUCCUCUUGAUCAAGACGGUGAUCCUUGUGAGCGUGGCACACCUCAUUGGAACCAAGUUCGGCUCCAUACCUCUACUGGAGCUCAGCGAAGCCAAGGACGUCUCCAGCUUUGCCAGGCGCUACCUUAUUGAAGACCUGGAGGAACGCUUGGAGAAAACGAUAGGCAUGGCCAUUGUCUACCAAUUGCUCACCUUCUUCUAUGAGAUUAUCUGUAUCAGGGGAGCAGGCGGAGCAACCCCUGGGAAGUUUUUGCUCGGCCUUCAAGUUGUCACAUGCGACACAUCUGUACUUGUGGCACCAAGCCGUGUGCGGGUGAGGCCAUCUUCCAGGGUGACCAUGGCGGCAUCUUUCAAACGCGCUUUGUUCAAGAAGGUUUGUCUUUAUUCCGUUUUUUCUUUGUUCGUCACCUGGCUGUUUCUUAAGGAGAACCGAACCGCCUACGAUAUUGUAUCGGGGACAAUUGUGGUGAAAAGACAAUAGUGUCGGAUGAUAACCAAGAGAGGCUUGGGUCGACCGUUCUAACACACCGACAAUGACUUGGAUUUCUAAAUUUCACUCCGAAGAUGCUGAACUUAUUUCCCUCCUUCCAGCCAUGCUAUCUUCUUCUUCACUGCAUUACCUUUGAAAUGCUCUUCAAUCAUAUGAGUAACAUACUGCGUCCUAGUAACACGUUGUGUGUAACUUGCUCCUUCGCUUUGGAGAGAGAUUUUGCAGUCCUGGGUUUGCAACCUUUGCACGAGUCGCCUCUCUGGAGAUGGCACCUAGAAAGAGCCGUGGACUUUGGCUGUCGGUCAGAGUGAUUAAACAUUGCCUCCGUA